UCUUAUCAGUUCCAAAUUAUUGAAAACAAACUAAUUGUUGAUCGAAAGUUCAUGUUUUGUUUAUUUUAUUUAAAGAAUAAUCUCUUCGCUAAUGUUUCGAAUAUAUUGUAUAAGUUUUUCAUUGUUAAUUCGUUGAUUGCUAGUACACAUUGUAUACGUCAUGAUAUGAAAUAUCAAAUAGAUGUAUGCAAUUGAUUCUUACGACAAGUGUGCUGUGAAUUUAUACUAUUAAACGACAUAUUUCUUAGUAGCUGGGACUAUGAAUUCGUACUACAGGCAUGGAUUGGCCAAGGUAAUAGCUGAAAAGGCGUUACUCAGCGAAUCCUUGAAGAACUUAAACAAAGCUACCUGGUACUCUGUGGACAAAUCCCAAUUGGACAACGACGUGUCUUUAAGUUUCGUGCAGAUGCACGCGGACGCAGACACCGAACGGUUCCUGGAUGAUUCGAUUGAGCAGAGCGACAGACUAUUGAUGCAAGUGUGGCAAUCGCUGGUGUCAUCCGUGUUGAACGUGUUCAUGACGAAGACUUCGAUCAACGGGUUGCUGCGGAGAGGGUCCAUGUUCGUGUUUUCCACCGACCAGAUCAGACGACUGCUGAACUUGACGUUUUUCGACAGCGGCUCGACGCUGGUCGACUUGGGUGCCGGCGACGGAGCCACUACCGAAAAAUACGCGCCUCUGAUCCGCGAGGUCUACACAACCGAAAAGUCCGGCCCGAUGAUCCGGAUCUUGACUCAAAAAGGAUUCAGGUGAACUUUUGCACUGUUCGGUUGUUUGGACGUCGAUACGUGGUGGACUCGCGAAGAGAAAUUCGACGUGGUGUCGUGUCUGAAUUUGUUGGACCGGUGUAGCGAUCCGGCGAAGCUCUUGGACGAAAUAAAAAGCGCAGUGAAACCCAACGGCAGGAUCGUCGUGGCGUUGGUGUUGCCGUACAGACCCUUCGACGAAUUCAGAUCCGCGAUACCGGAACAAAAGUUGCCGAUCACCGGCGAGACGUUCGAGGAACAGGUGUGUUCAGUGGUGCACGACGUGUUCGAACCGUCCGGACUGGAAGUGCUGCGGUGGACAAAACUGCCGUAUCUGUGCGAAGGCGACCUGAGCCAGGACUACUAUUGGCUGCACGACGCCGUCUUCGUGAUGUCCGCGAAAACGCCGCCCGCAAAAGGACGCAUAGCACUCCGCCGAAUCGAUGUGCAAGGCGAUUAUAUCUUGCAGUUGUCUGCGCUAUAUAUGUUAUUUUAUCAUAUUAUUACAGUCGUUUUCUCGAUGAAUUUAUGUGUUAUUGAAAACAUUAAUAUUAUUUUUUUACACAUGUGUAACCUGAAGUGAAUACAGUAACACUCUUCAUAUUA